UUUUUAUACGCAGUGAAGGAUUCAAAAAUCGACAUUUUUCAUAAAUGUAUCACGAAAGGAAUCGACAUUUCCUGCAAAACUAAACCUCGAGGUCAGUUACCGUUGCAUUAUGCGUGCACUCGUUCAUCUGCUCGUGUAGCACGUAUUGUUACGUUUUUAUUGCAAAAGCUUGAUUCACGCUUGACCGAAGAUCUACAUAAAUAUCUACCGAUUAAUUACGCAGUUCUCACUGGUAACAUUCCAGUUAUAAAGAUUCUUUUAAGCGAAAAUGGUAUUCAACAAAUCAAGCAUACUGAUGAGAAUGGAGAUACGUUAUUGCAUUUGGCAUGCAGAGUGGGAAAUGAAACAGCUCUUAAAAUGAUAACUGAAGUUGGUGGAGUGAAUGUAAAUGAUAAAAAUGCGAAAGGCUGGACUCCUUUACAUGAAGUUGCCUAUAAUGGUAAUGAAGUUUUAUUAAAGCAAUUAUUUCGACUCAAAGCAGACGCUAAUAUUAUUGAUAAUGAGGAACGUACGGCUUUACAUAUUGCUGCAGAACGCGGCCAUACGAAAAUCGUCGAGACACUUGUCGAUAAAUUUGGGAGUUCAGUACGAGCACGUACGCAAGAUGGUAGUACAUUGCUGCAUGUUGCAGCUCUUAGUGGUCAUGCAGAUACAGCUUUGGCAUUCCUAAAGCGUGGUGUGCCCCUAUAUAUGCCCAAUAAAACAGGCGCUUUGGGUUUGCAUUCUGCAGCAGCAGCUGGUUUCACUGAUGUCGUACGAGUGCUGAUUUUACGUGGUACAAAUGUGGAUAUUCGGACGAAGGAUAAUUUUACGGCUUUACAUGUUGCCGUACAAUAUGGAAGAGCUUCUGUUGUAGAAACAUUAUUAGGAUUUGGUGCUGAUGUGCAUCUUAAUGGUGGAUCUUUAGGAGAAACUGCUCUACAUAUUGCUGCAUCCUUAGACGUUGAAGAUGCCAUUGAAUGUGCACAAAUGUUACUGAAAAGCGGUGCACUGCCCAAUAUUGCAAGAAAUGACGGUGAAACAGCACUGCACAUUGCUGCACGAAAUCCAUUAUUUGAAAUGACUAGGGUUUUGCUCAUGGAGGGCGCUGAUCCGCGAAUCACUUCUCAGGCUGGUGAAACAGCUUUACAUGUUGCUUCACAAAGUUGCAAUAGUAAUGCAGUGAUAUUAAUGUUGGAAUACCUAUCACAAAUAUUACCGCGACAAGAAAUUGAGGAUUUCGUAAAUGCUCGAACUCUUAAAAAUGGACUAACUGCAGUUCAUUACGCAGCUGAAGUGAGCCCUGACCAGUUAAAAUCGCCGGAAGAUGCUGCAAAAUUAAUCAAUACAUUGAUUGAUUAUGGUGGAAAACCUGAACUGCAAACUCUUUCGACAGGUGAUACGACAAUGCACUUGGCCGCACGGUCGGGUAAUGAAGCUGUGCUACUGGCAGUCGUCGAAAAAAUUGGAGCUGGAGCUGUACAAAUUGUUCAAAACAAGCAAUCAAAGAAUGGUUGGUCACCUUUACUUGAAGCUUGUGAUCGUGGGCAUCAAGGAGUUGCACGCAUCCUUUUACAGCAUCAUGCACGUAUUGAUGUAUUUGAUGAGAAUGGUCGUACUGCCUUACAUUUAGCUGCUGCGAAUGGCCAUCUUGAGCUCACCCAUUUACUUUUACAGAAUAAAGCUUUUGUUAACAGCAAAUCAAAAUUGGGAGAAGCGCCUUUGCAUUUGGCUGCACAAAAUGGCCAUGUAAAAGUCGUAAAUUUGUUGGUACAGGAUCAUGGUGCAGCACUUGAAGCAAUCACACUGGAUAAUCAGACUGCUCUCCAUUAUGCUGCACGCCAUGGACAACUUGCAGUCGCGCAGACUUUACUUGCAUUAGGUGCAAAUGCAAAUGCAAGAGAUGAUAAGGGGCAAACUCCCCUUCAUCUUGCAGCUGAGAAUGAUUAUCCGGAUGUCGUCAAAUUAUUUCUGAAAAUGAAGCAAAAUAAUCGAGGAGUUCUUACGGCAAUCGAUCAUAAUGGCUUCACAUGUGCACAUAUUGCUGCAAUGAAAGGUUCAUUAGGCGUCGUUAAAGAGCUUAUGAUGAUUGAUAAAGCUAUGGUUAUUCAGGCUAAAACAAAAACGAUGGAAGCUACAACCCUGCAUAUGGCUGCUGCCGGAGGGCAUGCAAAAAUUGUAAAGAUAUUAUUGGAAAAUGGAGCAAAUGCUGAGGAUGAAAAUGCACAUGGAAUGACAGCUUUACAUCUUGGAGCAAAAAAUGGAUUUGUUUCUAUUUUGGAAGUUUUCGAUAAGGCACUAUGGAAGAAAUGCUCACGAAAAACUGGAUUGAAUGCGCUUCAUAUCGCUGCAUAUUAUGGGAAUUCGGAUUUCGUUAAUGAAAUGUUGAAACAAGUUCCAGCAAGUUCAAGAUCCGAGCCACCUAUAUAUAAUCAUCAUGUUGUGAAAGAAUUCGCUACUGAAUAUGGAUUUACACCAUUACAUUUGGCUGCUCAAUCAGGCCAUGAUUCUCUCGUGCGUAUGCUUUUAAAUCAAGGAGUUCAAGUCGACGCUACCUCUACAACUAUGAGCGUGAUUCCUUUGCACUUGGCAGCCCAACAAGGACACAUUGCUGUCGUUGGUAUGUUACUAUCAAGAUCUACUCAGCAACAACAUGCUAAAGAUUGGAGAGGUCGUACUCCACUGCAUCUUGCAGCUAUGAAUGGACAUUAUGAAAUGGUUUCAUUACUUAUUGCUCAAGGUUCGAAUAUUAACGUCAUGGAUCAGAACGGUUGGACUGGAAUGCAUUACGCAACUAAAGCUGGACACAUAAAUGUUGUAAAAUUGUUCGUGAAAAGCUCAGCAGAUGCACAAGCUGAAACAAAAGAAGGAAAAAUUCCAUUGUGUUUUGCUGCUGCUCAUAAUCAUGUUGAUUGUUUGCGUUUUUUGUUGAAGCAAAACCAUGACACUCAUGCACUCAUGGAAGACAGAAAGUUCAUUUUCGACCUAAUGGUAUGUGGGAAAACGAAUGAAAAUGAACCUUUAAAGGAGUUCAUCUUGCAAAGUCCAGCUCCUAUCGAUACUGCUGUAAAGUUAUCUUCAUUAUACAGGGAAAUGAGUGAGAAAGAAAAGGAAAGAGCUCGAGAUCUGUCAAAUGUAUCUGAAUUCGCUGAAGGAAUGGCUGUUGAAUUAUUAAGUAUUGCUGCAAGCGAAUAUAAUGCUGCCCUAUUGUUAAAGGCAAAGGAUAAUCGUGGACGGCCAUUGCUGGAUGUUCUUAUCGAAAAUGAGCAGAAGGAAGUGGUAUCAUAUGCUUCGGUGCAGCGAUAUUUGACCGAGAUUUGGACGGGUCGAGUUGAUUGGUCAUUUGGUAAAACAGUAGCAUUUGCUUUACUUGUACUCGUUUGUCCCCCUGCAUGGUUCUAUUUUUCAUUGCCACUGGAUACUCGCAUUGGUCGAGCUCCAAUCAUCAAAUUUGUUUGUCAUAUAGUGUCGCAUGUGUAUUUUACUGUACUGUUAACUAUAGUCGUCCUCAAUAUCUCACACAAGAUAUAUGAGGUGACAAGUAUAAUACCUAAACCUGUUGAAUGGAUUCUCCUUUUGUGGUUGUCUGGAAAUCUUGUUUCGGAGCUAUCAAAUAUUGGAGGAGGAUCAGGAUUAGGUAUUGUAAAGGUACUGAUACUCGUCUUGAGUGCUGCUGCAAUAGCAGUGCAUGUACUUGCAUUCACAUUACCUGUGCUGUUUAUGCAACAUCUUGAUAACGAUGAAAAACUACAUUUUGCGAGGACAAUGCUGUAUUUAAAGAACCAGCUAUUCGCAUUUGCACUGCUAUUUGCAUUCGUUGAAUUUCUGGAUUUCUUAACCGUACACCACCUCUUCGGUCCAUGGGCAAUUAUUAUCAGAGACCUUAUGUACGACCUCACUAGAUUUUUGGUUAUCCUUAUGCUUUUUAUCGCUGGAUUUACUCUUCAUGUCACAUCAAUCUUUCAGCCAGCGUAUAAACCCACUGAUGAAGAUAGUGCAGAAUUGAUGAGAUUGGCUUCACCGGAGCAAACUUUAGAGAUGUUAUUUUUUUCGCUGUUCGGUUUAGUUGAACCAGACACAAUGCCACCUUUGCACCUCGUACCUAAUUUUGCAAAAAUUAUUCUCAAACUUCUAUUUGGAAUAUAUCUUCUUGUCACAUUAAUUGUAUUGAUCAACCUAUUAAUUGCAAUGAUGUCCGAUACUUAUCAACGAAUUCAAGCACAAUCAGAUAAAGAAUGGAAAUUUGGGCGAGCAAUAUUAAUUCGGCAAAUGAACAAACGUUCAGCGACCCCAGCACCAAUUAAUAUGUUAACCAAAUUAAUUGCCGUCUUGCGAGUUGCCUAUAGAAAUAAAUUAAAAGUUUGCACUCAAAAAGCACAACAAGAUCUCCGGUAUGAAGAGGAUAUAGACGCAUUCUCUAUGAAUGGAGACACCGGCCGAGUAAGUCCUCUACCACAUCAUGAAAAUGAAGAAAAUGAAAUUGGAAAAAGUGGUAAUUGGAACAUAGAAACGGUUAUUGACUGGAAAAGGAUAGUAGGAAUGUAUUAUCAAAUGAAUGGUACCGUGGAUACUGAUGAUGUUAAUAUUGAAGUGACGGCAUCCUAA